GCAAUACAUCAUCAAGUUCUUGCAAAGAAAUUCAAUUUCCAACAGAACUUGUUAAGCUUGAAGAAAAAAAAUCUAGAAAAUGGCCAUUGUUGGCACUCUUGUAGCUAUUGCAAUUGUUGCCUUAGCUUCUUCAUUAGCUUAUGCUUCUGAUCCCAGCCCUCUUCAGGAUUUUUGCGUCGCAGUUGACGACGCCAAAGCUUCUGUAUUUGUGAAUGGAAAGAUUUGCAAGGAUCCGAAAAUGGUGACAGCCGAUGAUUUCUUCUUUUCUGGACUUAACAAGCCCGGAAACACAUCAAAUAAAGUCGGAUCAAAAGUGACUCCGGUGAAUGUAAAUCAAAUAGCAGGGCUCAACACUCUCGGCAUUUCUUUAGUGCGCAUCGACUAUGCGCCGUAUGGCCAAAACCCCCCUCACACGCACCCUCGCGCAACUGAGAUUCUUGUUGUUGUCGAGGGCACUCUAUAUGUUGGAUUUGUGACUUCCAACCCGGCGGAUCCGACCCAGAAAAAUAAACUUUUUACGAAAGUUUUGUAUCCGGGAGAUGUGUUUGUGUUCCCACAAGGCCUUAUACAUUUUCAGUUCAACACUGGGAAAACUAAUGCCGUGGCGUUUGCCGGUCUCAGCAGCCAAAACCCGGGAGUGAUUACGAUUGCAAAUGCUGUGUUUGGUUCGGAACCUUCGGUUUCUUCUGAUGUUCUUACAAGAGCUUUCCAGGUCGAUAAGGAUGUGAUCAAAUACCUUCAGGGACAAUUCUGGUGGAACAACUAAAAGAGAACGUAGAAUGAAUUUUUUUUUACUUUAUUAUAACCAAUUGUUCUGUUGUAAUAUCAUUCAUUGUUUGCUCAUAUGAUAAAUUCAUGUUUGUUCUUUUAUUUGUCAGAGAUAUGUAUUAGGCUUUAGCCAUUGUUGCAAGAAAAUUGUCGUUUUGAAUGUGAUUGUGAAUCUACAAAAGAUUUAUGUUUGUAUACACUCUUUUGUAAGUUUUG